CUUUAUAGACACCAACUCGCUAUUAUAGCCAAGGGACAAAGUUAUGCAUUAAAGCAGACAUCAGGUAAAGAUGCUCAAUACCAAGUAUCACAUCUAUGUCAUCAGGGCGGUUGCUUUAAUCCUGCUCAUAUCAUUGUGGAAGAACGAGAGCUAAACAGAGUACGUAAUACCUGUCAGUAUAAAUAUAAGAUCCAGCUACCUGGUGGAACUAUAAUUGACCCUUGA